UGACCGAUCAACGACUAUUGUUAUAAACCCUUCGUCGCCGGUCUGCGCUUGCCGUUUCGAUCGAAGAACUAACGACCUAUGAUUCUCCGAUUCGUCCCUUCCGGUUGGAUAAUUCCAUAAUCAAGUGAACCAGAGAAGAAUUUUGAAUCUUAGAAUUAUUGGAUUCGUUUGAUUGUUACUGUUUUUUUUAUCUAGGGCGAAAAACGGCAGGAUCAGAGGCUGAUUUCGGUGGAUACCUGGGAUGUGAUCGACGAAUUAAGGAGUAUAUGUUCGAAGGAGAAAUGAAUUGAUUGCAUUGUUGGGAGAGAUGAGCGCGAGCUCUGCGUCAAUUCAUCCUGUGGAGGAAACACCGGCGACCGAUGUCGGAGACGUUGCACCGAUUGUGAGUAUGAAGAACAUAGAGGGCAUGCCCGGCACUCGCGGUGGUCUCGCCCUUCGCUGCUUCCAGUUAGGGUUCGCCUCUGCUGCUUUUGGUAUCAUGGCCGCCUCCAGCGACUUCGCUUCUGUCUCUGCAUUUAGCUACCUUGUCGCAGCUGCCGGUUUGCAGGGCUUAUGGAGUUUUUUCCUAGCAGUUAUUGACAUUUAUGCUCUUUUAGUGAAGCGGAACUUGCAUAAUCGUCCAAUUGUUACUUUUUUUGCUGUAGGUGAUGGGAUCACCACCACGCUCACAUUUGCAGCAGCAUGUGCUUGUGCGGGCAUCACAGUCCUAAUAGACAACGACCUCGACCUUUGUUCGGUGAACAAGUGUGUGCAGCUUCAAUCAGCAACUGCAAUGGCAUUCCUCUGCUGGCUCACCACAUUGCCUUCAUUUUUCUUCAACUUCUGGUCACUUGCAUCAAGAUGAAAGGAAUGUAGAAUCCAAUGCUGCUGUCUUAAAAAAAGGUGGAUUUUUUGUGUCGCUUCCUCCGGAUGUCCUGUGCACUAAUUGAAAAUACAAACGUUUUGUCAUUAUCUCUCGUGUGUAUUAUGGGAAAGAAUCAUUUACCCAUUGUGAGCUUCAUAAGCGUACAUGUUUCUUAGUCUUGGAUUGAACAGAACGACAUUCUUCUCGUUGUGGCCUUAUUAGGUGGAAUAUUGUGAAACUCUGUCGAGUAAA